GAUUCCCCCAAGCACACACGACGUCUACCGUAGCAGGUUCUAAAGAGAGAAGCCGACAAUGAAUGGCUACAAUGAAAUUGCAGGUCUUCAGGGCUCUUAUCCACGGCUCUCUAUCUUCCGGAGAUUUCUCCCCUUGAAUGCUAGGAACCUGCUCUGUUUGCAGGCUGAGAUUGUGGACCUUGAGGCUAAGCUUCGGGUGGCUAUCGAGAGCGACCGCAACGCGGCUGAUCCAUUGAGGCAGCAAUUCGAGUACAACAUUUCGGCUAUGAAAGGCCCACCCGAGCAAGAAACAUUUAACCUGCAAUGGACCAGAACCCUCGAAAUGCGCCGACUGCUCAAAGAGUACAACGAAGCCCUUUAUCAAUGGGUCUUCCUCUUAAAGCUUCCUCCUGUAAACGAGCACGACUUGGGCACACUUCACGAGUUGCUUGAAAAGCCCGCCGGCGAUGGAGAGCCGUUUCUGACGUAUCAUGAAUUCGCAACAUGGGAUGAGGAAAAUAUCAAAGACUUGACAUCGGUGCUCGGACGGCACACUGAGAGAGAUUCCUUGUCGAAAUUCCUCGAUCAAACGGUGCAAUCUGUCUACCACAAGUAUGUAGGCCACAAAUUACAUAAUCCCAUUGAGGCAACCGGGGUGUGGGCGGGUGCCAGAAAACACAAG